AUGGAAUCUUUGGCAGCAACCAUUGGUUUCAUCAAGCUGAAAUGCCGAACACUAUCAACUGUACUCCAACAAGCAGCCUUGUCUAUUCUGUCUACUCUUCUGCGGCGAUAUCUCUGUGUUCCCUUUGCUGCACCACAAGAAACACACAUGAGAGAUCGGCCCGUCAUCAGCAUCGAAAAUUCCACCAUAUACUGCGAGGAUGCUGAUGAGAACAAAGUAGGUGGCUGCGCGAUGGCUGUGAGGAAUGAUUGCAACAACCUGGUGGAGUUUGGCUCAAGGUCAUGUAGAUGCGCUUUUCUACGACUGCGGGAUCGCAGAAGACGUAAACUCUGGACAGUAAGUGCUUACGCACCUACGGAAACUGCUGAGGACAACAGUAAGGACGCCUUCUAUGAUUAA